UAGGAUCUGCGACACCCAUCAGCAUCAUGGCCGCUCCCACAAAAUUGAAGAGCUUAUUAUAUUCAUAAUGAUAUUUACACGGUGAAUUAUCAUUACCAAUAAAUCAAUUCUCAAAUUUACCAAAAGUACACGUUAAAUUAAAAUAAUAAAUUAUCUCACCGCUAAGUAUAAAAACAGUAAAUUGGCAAAGUAUAAUUAUUUAAUAAAAAAUAAAGAGAAUAGAUUGUUAAUGAAUGUUUGUGCAAAUUAUAAGUUAUAAGUUAUAAUAUUAAUCGCUGUGUCGGUUCGCAACUUGACAGAUGCAAAGUGUACUCACUGUCUUAGUUGUUAAAAUAUCAAGAAGGAUUGUCACUAUUAAAAGAAAUAAAGAUAUGAGACAAUGAUGCCGAUAAAGGAUAAUCAAGAUGUGGCAUGUUUCCUUGUCACCAAACACUCAUGGAAGGGAAAGUACAAACGUAUUUUCUCGAUUGGAUCCAUGGGUAUCACGACGUACAAUCCGAGUAAUUUAGAAGUUACUAACAAAUGGGAGUAUGCUGAUUUUAUAAAUGUACAGCCUACUAAUAAAAGUCAACUUGGUUUACAUGAAUUUAGUAUUACGAUGCGUAAAGAACGUAAAGUUGAUACUAUGAAAUUUAGCUCGGAACACAGAGCUCAUUUAUUAACUGAAGCACUUAAAUAUCGAAAUCAGUUCGCUGAAAAACCUAAAGAGAUACUUAGAUAUCAAGCAUACAAGCAUCAUUGGUCGGACACGCGUUUACCAGUCGUCUUAGAAGUAACACCCUACAGUCUAGACCAAUUAGACCCAGCGACAAAUAUGUUACUGGCGAGUUACUAUUACAAAGACAUAGACGGUCUAGGUACGAUGAAAGACUACCAAGAUGGAUUCGUGAUAGUAAGCAGCGGAUUCGGACGGCUGCAUUUAUUUUCAUCGCAGCAUAUUGAGGAGAUAAAACGUAAAAUAGUUGACUUAGCUCACACUAAUUUAGGAUUAACCAUAACUGUAUUAAAAGAAAAAAUACCAAUGGACGAAUUUAUAAUGCAACGUAUGGGUAGAUACAGUGGCGACGAGCACAUAACAAGUGUGUCUGAAUUUACAGUACAUAAAAUAUCAUCACGUCAUUCAGAUCCACAGCGCAGAACACUGUGUCUAUCGGAUACAUGUUUGUUGGAGAGAGAUCCACAGACUUAUAAUAUAUGUACACUCAGGCCACUUUCUGAUAUUUUUGUUCUCGUACGAGAUAACGCAAAUCCACAAUUAUUUACCAUUCAAUAUCUCAAUGGACAGCUACGCAGUUACAUGGCUACCGAUAGAGAUUCACUAUUGGCGUCUUUGUUAGACGGUGUUCGCGCAUCCGGAAACAGAGAUGUCCAUGUCAAAAUGAAUCUGAUCGCCCGCGGCAAGCGUCUUGGUCCACUGAAUUUGCCAGUUGAUGAGGAAGUUGAAAUAACACAUGUUAAAUUUUUACAACAACCGCCUGGUGGACGCUUUUUUGCUGAAAUACUUGAACGGUUCAAUGCUAAUGUACCUUACAGUGGUCUUCAUUAUUCUGUUACACAAGACGGUAAAAAACCGCUCGAAUGGACUGUAACCACUGUACAACUCGAGGUACAUCGGAUGAUGAAUGACUACUUACAGGGAUUAUUUACCGAGAAUAAGGAUAAAAUAAUACUCGGUGCUCUCAGCUCGUUGGUAAACCGUGAUUUAGACACAAACACCGAGGUUGAAGCACAAUUUCAUGCUCUGAGAAGAUUGGUAGCAAGCAAAGUUGGCUUUAUGGCUUUCACAACGUUACCUGGCUUCCGAGAAGCUAUCGGUAAUAAAGUUGUAAAAGCGCUUAAACGGCAAGACUGUGGUGUCACCCAAGCUGCUAUUGAUUGUAUCUGUGCAUUGAUGCAAGCGAUGCAUGAUGACUGUGAUUUAAGGCAGGAGCAACUCAAUAAAAGUAGCCUGCUUAGUAGUAAUAAGUUUUUGGAAAGUCUUCUAGACAUGUGGAUAACUCAUGUUAGUCAUGGAACAGGCGCGCUGGUAGUGUCUGCAAUGCUAGAUUUAUUAACAUUUGCACUGUGUGUGCCCUACAGUGAAACAACUGACGGCAAACACUUUGAUAAUUUAUUAGAGAUGGUAGCCUCCCGUGGACGACCACUAUUUAAAUUAUUCCAACACCCAUCACUGGCUAUUGUUAAAGGUGCUGGACUUAUCAUGCGGGCUAUUAUUGAAGAAGGUGCCCCGGAAGUUGCUGCUAAAAUGCAGGAACUUGCGCUGGCUGAAGGUGCUUUACCAAGGCAUCUGUUGAACAGUUUGUUUACUGUUGGUAGUGAUGGUAGAUUAUUGACUCACAGACAGUUGUGUCGUCAUCUUGUUGGUCUUUGGGUGACUGGCCAUCCCACAGCUAUGGGGUUAUUGAAACGUAUCUUGCCAAGUGGUCUAUUGACUUACCUAGACUCCCAAGAAAAAGUCCCCGAUUCAUUUCUCGAAGAAGAACGACUGAACAACCGUGAUAACCUAAAAAUAGCAAUCGACGCAUCAAAAAACAAGCGUGGCGCCCAGUGGCAAACAAUGGAACGGCACAUGCGAGUGAUCGAAAAACACGUCGAGAACGCUUUACAACACUGGGGCGCCCGAGUAGGAAUCGAGCGCCGUGAAAAAAUCAAAGAGCGUCCAAUAGUCCUCCGAAAGCGCCGAGAGAGGAUAAAAUCCGAGGCUAACUGGAAAUUAUUCUACUACAAAUUCAACCAAGACCACGCUUUACCAAACCUAAUAUGGAACCACAAAACCCGUGAAGAAUUACGCAUGGCUCUAGAAAACGAGAUCCGAGCCUUCACCGCGGACAAAGAUUUAUCCGGCGGAACCCUAAUCGCCUGGAACCACAGAGAGUUCGAAGUCCAAUAUUUAUGUCUCUCCGACGAAGUAAAAAUCGGCGACUAUUAUUUAAGACUAUUAUUAGAAAAAGAUUGUCCGGACAGUCCAAUAAGAAAGUCAUAUGAAUUUUUUAACGAUUUAUACCACCGAUUUUUGCUAACGACAAAAGUAGAAAUGAAGUGCCUUUGCUUGCAAGCAAUGACCAUAGUCUACGGUCGCUACUACGAAGACAUAGGUCCAUUUUCCGACACUAAGUACAUCGUAGGCAUGCUAGAGCGCUGUACAGACCGCACCGAGCGGGACAGACUCGUAAUGUUCAUCCACAAAUUAAUCCUCCACCGCAAAAACGUAAAAGACAUCAUGGACCAAAACGGCGUUCGGGCUCUCGUAGAUUUACUUACCCUCGCGCACUUACACACCUCCCGAGCAAUGGUACCCACCCAAACCAACGUAAUAGAAGCCGGCCCCGAGCAAGAGCGGGUCCUUGAAAAAGAGUGGUACUACAACGACGGAGACCGUCGUUGUGGUCCAGUCAGCCUCAAAGACCUAAAAGACCUCUACUUAGCAAACAAACUGACCCACAAGACCAAAGUCUGGGCCCAGGGCCUCGACGGCUGGCGAAUGAUCUCCCAAGUUUCUCAAUUAAAGUGGACCCUAGUCGCCAAAGGUACCCCCGUGGUUAACGAAAGCGAGCUUGCUACCUUAAUCUUGAAUGUUUUGAUACAAAUGUGCGAGUAUUUUCCCAGCCGCGACUCGGACAAUGCCGUAAUUCGUCCCUUACCACGGGUCAAAAGGUUACUUUCGGAUCUCCAAUGCUUGCCACAUGUUGUCCAGUUGCUCCUGACCUUUGAUCCUGUUCUAGUAGAACGAGUCGCUACUUUAUUAUGCGAAAUUAUGAAAGACAAUCCUGAAGUUUCCAAAAUCUACCUUACUGGCGUGUUUUAUUUUAUUUUAAUGUACACUGGGUCAAAUGUCCUGCCCAUAGCUAGAUUUUUGCAAUUAACUCACACAAAGCAAGCUUUUAGAGGCGAUGAUACCACCCAGCCGUCUGAUAUUAUGCAAAGGAGUAUUUUAGGGCAAUUAUUACCCGACGCGAUGGUGAGUUAUUUAGAAAACCACGGGGCUGAAAAAUUCGCGCAGAUAUUCUUAGGAGACUUCGAUACUCCUGAAGCUAUUUGGAACGCCGAAAUGCGUCGGACGUUGAUUGAAAAAGUAGCAGCGCAUAUCGCUGACUUUUCCCCGAGAUUAAGGAGCCACACUAUGGCGAGGUAUCAAUACAUCGCAAUUCCGGCUGUGAGAUUCCCACAAUUGGAGAAAGAAUUGUUCUGCCAGAUAUUUUAUCUGAGACACUUGUGCGAUACGGUUAAAUUUCCCAACUGGCCUAUCCCCGACCCGGUUCAUUUGUUGAAAGAUGUAUUAGAUGCUUGGAAGAAAGAAGUUGAGAAGAAACCCCCGAUUAUGACAGUAGAGGAAGCUUAUAAAGUUCUGGGGCUUGUUAAUGGAAGACAGCAUAGUGAAGCAGAUGUUAGAAAGUCUUAUUACAAAUUAGCGCAGCGCUUUCAUCCGGAUAAGAAUCCUGAAGGGAGGGAUAAGUUUGAAGCUGUUAAUCAAGCGUAUGAAUUUUUAUGCAGCAGAAGUUGCUGGACUACAGACGGACCUAAUCCCGACAAUAUUGUCCUGAUUCUCCGAACUCAGAGCAUUUUGUUUCAUCGGUACACUGAUGAGCUCAGGCCUUAUAAAUACGCGGGGUAUCCUCAGUUAAUCAAGACUAUUAAAUUAGAAACUGAGGACGAAAGGUUGUUUUCUAAAGCUGCGCCGCUCCUAGCGGCUGCUAGUGAAUUAGCUUAUCAUACGGUUCACUGUUCUGCUUUAAACGCUGAAGAACUGAGGCGUGAAGGAGGAUUGGAUGUUUUAUUAGAUGCCUACACGCGGUGUGUUAGUGUUCUAAAUAAUUCCAGCAAGCCUGAUGAUAUUGCUGUGCAAGUUUGCACGCAUAUUACAAAAUGCUUCGCUGUCGCGGGCCGGUUCCGCGGGUGUAGGGACAAAAUUGUCGAACUUCCGCAGUUAAUUAAAGACCUGUGCAGAAUUUUGUACUUCAAACACUUGACCAAGCUCUGUUCUGUAGCGACAGAGUGUGUUUCGUCGCUAGCGACUGAUAGUAUUCUACAAAUGCAACUGCUUCAAUCAGGAGCGCUGUGGCACUUGUUGUUAUUUAUGUUUAAUUAUGAUUACACGCUAGAAGAAGGCGGAGUUAAGAGGAAUCAGGAUGAGAACCGGCAAGAGGUCGCUAAUAAUUUAGCGAAGCUGGCGAUUAAAGCUUGUGCGAGGCUCGGAGGGUAUAUGACUGGAGAAAAUGCGACUCCUGUAAAUCCGGUGACUGUUGCGGCUUUGGAGACAUUGUUGACGCCUUAUCUUUCAAGACAGCUGUCUAAAGACAAGCCUGAGGAUAUUUUGAAGACUCUUAACUCGAAUUGUUCCAAUCCGUAUUUAAUUUGGGACAAUGGAACCCGCGCGGAGCUUAAUGAGUACCUAGAAAGUAAAAGAGAAGAAAAAUUGAACGGAAAUGACCUUGAAACUGAUUUUAGUAGCUUUAAAUACAGCGCGCAUAGUAAUGAGCUAAUUAUCGGAGAGAUUUUUGUUAAAGUUUACAAUGAGCAGCCGAAUUUUCCGAUAGAAAAUCCCAAAAGUUUUACAAUUGACCUGCUUAAUUUUAUUCUUAAAUCUUCUGAGCAUAUUUGCUCGUUAAAUAGUGUUAAUUUGUCGAAAAAGGAUCAAGAUAAAUUAAAAAAUGUAGUCAUGGCUCUUGAGGCGCUUAAAAAUGUCAUCAAAAAUAAUCCCGGGAUAGAAAUUCAGUGCAUUGGGCACUUUAACCUGUUGUUCAAUUUGUUGAGCUGUAAUAACUUCAAACCAAUUCAAAAGGGGGCGCUUGAGGUUAUUAACAAUGUUACGAAGAAUAAUGAGUGCGUUAAUGACAUUGCGGCUAAUGAAGUUGUCGUUCAUUUACUUUUGGCGCUGCAUACGCUCAAAGAAUCGCAAUUGUUGACUCUAGAAACUUUGUACGCGUUAAUGAGCACUACGAAGAUUGUUAAAGACGCUUUGGCUAAAGGAGCGGUUAUUUAUGUGCUGGAUUUAUUUUGUAACUCGGCUAAUUUGUCAAUUAGAGAAACUGCGGCUGAAUUAUUGGCUAAAAUGUCGUCGGAUAAAUUGGCUGGUCCAAAAGUUAAAUUGGAUUUGAGCAAAUUUUUGCCGAAAUUAUUUGGCGAGGCGAUAAGGGAUGCGCCUAAGCAGUGCGUGCAUAUGUUUGAAACUAAACAUGAGAACCCGGAAUUAGUUUGGGAUGAUGAAAGUAAGACGAGGGUUUCAAGAAUUGUUGGUGAGCUUAAGGACGAGUACUAUUCGCUGCAGAAGCGGAAUCCUAGUGCGGUAUUAAAGCUACCGGAGACGCAGAAUAAUUUUGAUGCUGCGACUAAUGAGCCGGUUGUUGGGGGCGUUUAUUUGAGGCUGUUUAUUGCCAGUCCUGCGUGGGCUUUGAGGAAACCCAAAGAAUUUAUGAGUGAUCUGAUGGACUGCAUUUUGGCGCUGAUGGCCAGGGAUACUGUUGAUACGGACAUGCUGGAACUUAGUACGCAGGCUUUGGUGUGUUUGUUGCAAGCUCAGCCAGUUCUGGCUGAUCAAGUUCCAUCCUUGGGACAUAUUCCGAGGCUGUGUAGGCAAAUGUCGGUUCGCAAUAGUCAGCCGCCGGUUUACAAGGCUGCGAUACUUAUUUUACAUCAGUUGGCUACCAGUGAGAUUUGUAUUAACUCUAUUUGCCAAACGGAUUGCAUCAGUCCUUUGAAGCUUGCGAUGCAGUCUAGGAGGGAUAUGAUUGCGGUUGCUUGUGAGACUUUGAAUAGACUUUUUUCUACUAAUGAGGAUCGGCUUAUUAAGCAGGCACUCGAAGCAGAAAUGGUACCUUAUUUACUAAACAUACUUGAAGGACGUCUUGAUUUAAUUGAAAACCCAGCGAUGACUAAAGCCCAAAUAGUAAAAGCACUGAAAGCUAUGACAAGAAGUAUAUUACUCGGGGAAAAAGUCAAUUCUAUAUUAGAAAAGUCAUCUGUUUGGGCAGAAUACAAAGAUCAGAAGCAUGAUUUAUUUAUAUCGAACACACCAACUGUCGGCUAUCUAACAGGAAUGCCAGUGUCGGCAGGAUAUUUAACGGCUGGACCUAGCGCUCCGAUUCCCAGUGCGCCGCCACCAGUCAACAGGGAAGAUCGUAUGAGCAAUAGACACGAUCACAUUUGAUACAAUAAAUUAUUGUAAUAAUAAUAAAUGUCCAAAGUGAUAGUAACAAUCUUAUGCUCAACUCUUCUGAAUAAUCGUCGCUCUCAGCUGAACAUUUAAGGGUCUGUCUGUGAUUUUUUAUUAUUCCAUUUUUAAAUUAAAAGAUUAAAUAAUUUUCUUUGCUUCGAGACAAUUCCUAAUU